AUCUGGUGGUUUCUUUUUCUUGGUCUCUCUUUCUUCCUCUGUCUACAUUUCCUCUUUCUUUUCUUUCUGUCUUUUCUUCGCUCAAAUUUUGUUUACAAUUUUAGUUGAACCUCGACAAUCUAUUCUAAUGUGUUUUGUUUCCAAUAUUGACCACAAUUAGUGGAAAUCUUCUCAUUUAGUGUUAACCAAGUAAAUCUCUACUCUAAAUUGUGUCUUAUAAUUGCUCGGAAAUUGGAAAGGUAAACAAAAUGGAGAGAGAAAAUGUCCAACUGUCUGAUGAUAACUGUUCACAAAUCGAGGUUGCUUUUAAACGAAUGAAAGUUGGGACAAGAUGUGCUGGUAAAAAGAGCCUCCAUCACAUCUACAAUCAGCCCAAACAAUAUCACCAAGAAAAAUCGUCUAAAAGCGAAACCAUUAGUUUCUCCUCUUUCUCAAACUCACCAUUGGCACUCAUAGAUAAUCUCUCCUGCUCUAACCCUACGAGUUCUACUGUUGUAUCCACUAACUCGAUGGGUCCUUACAGAGAUAUAACACGCCAAGGCCAAGUAGAAAGUUUUAAUCGAAAUCAUGAGAACCAAAAUCAAAACAAUAAUAAUCAUCAACAAAACCAAUCAAACGAUAUCACCAAAUAUGAAGACGGACCACCAGCUGAUCCUGAUGUAUCCGUUGAAGAGUUGGCUGCUUACUUAGAUGUCCAAUUGUAUAUUCCUCGCAAAAUGUCCUACAUGGCCGAACUAAUGUACACAUAAUAACAAUAUUAUCUUCAUCUUCACAAAAUGCACAUUACAUAAUGAAAAGAGAGAGAGAGAGAAGGAAAACAGUGUGAGAUUAACAGCUAUCGAAUAUACAAAACGAUUAAAGUUAUAGAGAAGAGGUUAACAAAAUAACCAAUUAAAGAUGAAGAGAGAAAGAUAAAUAUAUUAUAUUAAAUAUAUAAUGUUAUUAAUGACUAUAUAUUUUUUUGUUUUUGGCUCAUUUGAUUUUGCUCUUAUAUAAAUAAAAAACAAAAACAAUGACAUUAUUUCAAUUAA